AACGGGCCCCUAGUUCACCCUUUGGGGUUUUACCAUCACCUUGAGAGGCAAACGCGGCCUUAGUUCACUGUCUGGAGGGGUUUCAGGAGGAGAAAAAUGGCGAUUGCAGAGGAACUGUACCCUAGCCAGGAGGACCUCCUCUACGAGGAGGAACUGCUUCGGAACCAGUUCAGCUUAAAGCUGUGGUGGAGAUACCUCAUCGCUCGAAGCGACUCACCCUUCAAGAAACGAUUCUUGAUCUACGAGCGAGCCCUCAAAGCCCUCCCCGGAAGCUACAAGCUCUGGUACGCUUACCUCCGCGAACGCCUAGAAAUUGUUCGCAAUCUCCCUAUCAAACACUCACAAUACGAAACCCUCAACAAUACCUUCGAGCGUGCGCUGGUCACUAUGCACAAGAUGCCCCGAAUUUGGAUCAUGUACCUCCAAACCCUAACCGAUCAGGAGCUUCUCACUCGGACUCGAAGAACGUUCGACCGUGCUCUCUGCGCACUACCGGUGACCCAGCACGAUCGAAUUUGGGAGCCCUAUCUCGUAUUCGUGAGCAAAAAGGGUGUCCCCAUCGAGACCUCGCUUAGGGUUUAUCGGCGGUAUUUGAAGUAUGACCCCACCCACAUUGAGGAUUUUAUUGAAUUUCUUAUGAAUUCAGGUCUUUGGCAGGAGGCAGCAGAGAGGUUGGCUGGGGUUUUGAAUGAUGAUCAGUUUUAUUCGAUUAAGGGAAAGACAAGGCAUAGGUUGUGGUUGGAGUUGUGUGAUUUGUUGACCAAGCAUGCCACAGAUGUUUCGGGGUUGAAUGUAGAUGCAAUAAUUCGGGGUGGAAUUAGGAAGUUUACUGACGAGGUUGGGCGGCUGUGGACGUCACUUGCGGAUUAUUACAUCAGGAGGAAUUUAACUGAGAAGGCGAGAGAUAUUUUUGAAGAGGGUAUGACCACAGUGGUUACAGUGAGGGAUUUCAGUGUGAUUUUUGAUGCUUAUUCACAGUUUGAGGAAAGUAUGCUUGCAUAUAAAAUGGAGAAUAUGGAUAGUGAUGAGGAGGAAGAUGACGUUCAAGAUAAUGACACUGAUGAGGAGGAAGAUAUUCGUUUGGAUAUUAAUCUUUCAGUGGCAAAUUUUGAGAAAAAGAUCCUUCAUGGGUUUUGGUUACACGAUUUUAAUGAUGUUGAUUUAAGAUUGGCUCGGUUGGAGCAUCUCAUGGAUAGAAGGCCAGAGUUGGCAAAUAGUGUCCUUCUCCGGCAAAAUCCCCAUAAUGUGGAGCAAUGGCACCGGAGGAUUAAGCUAUUUGAGGGAAAUCCUACAAAGCAGAUAUUGACUUACACUGAGGCUGUGAGAACGGUUGAUCCCAUGAAAGCAGUGGGAAAGCCUCAUACUUUAUGGGUUGCUUUUGCUAAGUUAUAUGAGAACCACAAAGAUGUUGCCAAUGCCAGAGUUAUUUUUGAUAAGGCUGUGCAAGUGAAUUACAAAACUUUGGAUAAUCUGGCUAGUGUGUGGUGUGAGUGGGCAGAAAUGGAAUUGAGGCACAAGAAUUUUAAAGGAGCACUAGAGCUGAUGAGGCGUGCUACUGCAGAACCAUCUGUUGAGGUCAAGCGAAAAGUGGCUGCUGAUGGGAAUGAGCCUGUGCAGAUGAAACUGCACAAGUCCUUGCGAAUUUGGACAUUUUAUGUUGAUUUGGAAGAAAGCCUGGGAACUUUGGAGUCCACACGUGCUGUUUAUGAGCGGAUAUUGGAUUUAAGAAUAGCCACUCCACAAAUUAUAAUCAACUAUUCAUUGCUUUUGGAAGAACAUAAAUACUUUGAGGAUGCUUUCAAGGUGUAUGAAAGAGGUGUAAAGAUAUUUAAAUACCCUCAUGUAAAGGAUAUAUGGGUCACAUAUCUGUCCAAAUUUGUGAAAAGGUAUGGGAAAUCCAAAUUGGAACGUGCAAGAGAGUUGUUUGAGCACGCUGUUGAAAUGGCUCCAGCUGAAUCUGUGAAGCCUUUGUAUAUGCAAUAUGCUAAGCUGGAAGAGGACUUUGGUUUAGCUAAGCGAGCUAUGAAGGUUUAUGAUCAAGCUGCUAAGGCAGUUCCUAACAAUGAAAAAUUGAGCAUGUAUGAAAUUUACAUUGCACGUGCUUCUGAAAUAUUUGGCAUUCCAAAGACAAGAGAAAUAUAUGAGCAGGCGAUCACAUCCGGUGUUCCAGACAAAGAUGUGAAGACAAUGUGCAUGAAGUAUGCAGAGCUGGAGAAGAGUUUGGGUGAAAUUGACCGUGCCCGUGGUAUAUUUGUAUAUGCAUCUCAACUGGCAGAUCCACGAUCAGAUGCAGAUUUUUGGAAUAAGUGGCAUGAGUUUGAGGUCCAGCAUGGUAAUGAAGACACCUUUAGAGAAAUGCUUCGAAUCAAACGAAGUGUCUCAGCUAGCUACAGCCAGACACACUUUCUACUUCCAGAAUAUCUGAUGCAGAAGGAUCCAAAGCUGAACUUGGAUGAAGCAAUGGACACAUUGAAGCAAGCUGGGGUCCCUGAAGAUGAAAUGGCCGCCCUAGAAAGGCAGUUAGUGCCAACAGCCAAUAACACUGCUGCUAAAGAGAGCAGUCGGAAAGUUGGUUUUGUUAGUGCUGGAGUGGAAUCACAGCCAGAUGAAGGAAUAAAAGUAACUGCAAAUCAUGAAGACAUUGAGCUGCCAGAAGAGAGUGACUCGGAAGAUGAAAAGGUGGAGAUUGCCCAGAAGGAUAUUCCAAAUGCGGUGUUUGGAGGUUUGGUCCGGAAGAGGGAAGAAGCUGAUGGGGAUGGGGAUGGGGAUGGGGAUGAGGAUGGAGCUGCCAGUAAAGAUAAAGACCGAGACAGCCAACUUGGUGCACUGGAGAGAAUAAAAAGACAAAGGCAGGCCUGAUUUCGUGUAUGCAUCUGGAACUAAUUAAUCUAUGUAUGAAAUUUUGACCCAUUAUUUUUCACAUACAAACUUUCAGUAGUCCAAGGAGUAGUUGCCUUUCAGAAAUGAACUACAAGAUUAGUUCAUUGUAGUCUAAACUUGUACGUUUCCAUCGGCAUGUUGUGUCCAUCCGGUAUUAUCACA